CGGCGGGUGGCCGGGGUCGGAGGGGCCGAUGAGGGGCCGCAUCUUGCGGGUCUGGCGGGGAGGGGGGAGCCGCGGGCGGGGCCGGGGGACGGUAGCCGCCGGCGAGGCCCAGAGGAGGCGGGAGAAGCCCCCCUGGAGGGUCCUGUUCUUCGGCACCGACAGCUUCGCGGCCGAGACCCUCCGAGCGCUCCGGGCUGCCCGAGAGCCGGGACCGGAUCCACUUGUAGAUCGCCUGGAGGUGGUGACCUUACCGUCUCAGCUGCCAAAGGGCCAUGCUGUCAAGAACUAUGCGGAUCAGUUUCUGCUCCCCGUCCACCUCUGGCCAGAUAUCGGGCCUUGUGAGCACUUUGAUGUCGGUGUGGUGGCAUCCUUUGGGUGUCUGCUGAGCGAGGACAUCAUCCUGAAAUUCCCAUAAACAUUUCCGUUUCCCC